AUGUCCAGUGAAAAUAACCAAGAUAAUAAAGAGAAUCAACAGGAUUCUCAGAUUUCCAAAGGUGUUAAUCAAUUAUCUAUGCAAGAGUUACCAGACAAUAAUGUUGAAUAUCUUUCAGCAGAUUCUGAUUUAACUUCGGAUUUGCCUGAUGAUACUGAGGUGAUCAAUUUGGUACAUUUAAAGAUUAAAGCUCUAGAAGAUUUGAAUCUGAUUCGUUUCACCAAACUAAAAAGUCUAUGUCUUAGACAAAAUCUAAUAGAAAGUAUCAGUGAGGUGGAUUCUUUACCUGUGAAUACAAUAGAAGACCUUGAUUUCUAUGAUAAUAGAAUCAAACAUAUUUCCAAGUAUGUUAACAACUUAGUUCAGUUGAAAAAUUUGGACCUUUCAUUCAACAAUAUUAAACAUAUCAAAAAUUUGGAUAAUCUAAAAGAGUUGGAGAAUCUUUAUUUUGUCCAAAAUAAAAUUAAAAGAAUAGAAGGGUUGAAUAACUUACACAAUUUGAAAAAUUUAGAACUUGGUGGUAAUGAAAUUACAAAUAUUGGUGAAAAUUGUCUUGAAGGGUUAACAAAUUUACAAGAAAUUUGGUUAGGUAAAAAUCAUAUCCCAAGGUUAAUUAAUUUACACCAUUUGAAAUCUUUAAAAAUUUUAUCAAUUCAAAGUAAUAAGAUUCAUAAAAUUGAGGGGCUAGAAGAAUUGACAAAUUUGGAAGAAUUAUAUCUAUCUCAUAAUUUCAUAACUUCCAUUGAAGGGUUAGAGAAAAACACAAAAUUGACUACAUUGGAUAUUACGUCAAAUCGUAUUACCAGGAUAGAAAAUUUGUCCCAUUUAACCAAUUUGACUGAUUUAUGGGCAUCGUUUAAUAAAAUUGAUCAAAGUUUUGAAUCCCUAGGACAAGAAUUAGGAUCUUUGCCUAAUUUAGAGACCAUCUAUUUAGAAGGUAAUCCGAUACAACUAAACAAUCAAACUUCUUAUAGAAGAAAAUUGAUGUUAAAUUUAGGUCCAUCUUUACAAAAAAUAGAUGCCACUUAUAUAUCUGGUUAA